UUGGAUGUCUAUGUACUGAAUCUUGCUAUAACAGAUUUUACGCAUAUGGAUGCCUCGGUUAGUUGCCAAAGCCUGGCUAAUCGGCCUGGCGCAUCUGGUGGCGGCGGCAAGAUUGAUGCAAUCCCCGGAAUACUCGAUUGGAGGUCAGCGUUUGAGACGAACCUAUCUCAAAGAAUUGUACAAACGUCAACUUCCCCACCGAACUAG